GCUGCAAGCUGUCAGUGUCAUUGCAAUAACCUAAAAUUUCUAUAAUUUAGUGACAUGCUACUUUUUUGUAUGAAUUGGUAAUUUUAUUCACGAUGGCAGACAAAAUAAGAAUUAAUAAUUCAAAAUUUGAUAUGAAGGGCAAUUAUGAGCCCUCUGAGUCUGAAGAAGAAUAUUCACCUUCUGAAAAGAAGCUACUUGAUAAAGUGCGGAAAAGAAAACACCAUGACACAGAUAGUGAGGAGGAAAUGUAUGGUUUCUCAGAAUCUGAGGAUGAUGAAGAACAGAAAAAAGAUGAUUUAGGUAUUGCUGACAGUGAUUUGGAUGAUCAAGGGAAAUCUGAUGAUGAUUUACCUGAUUCAAAAGCUUGGGGUAAGAAAAAGCAGGCAUACUAUGCAACAGAUUAUGUGGAUGAAGAUUAUGGAGGCUUUCAGGGAGAUGAAGAAAUUGCACUCAUGGAAGAAAAAGAAGCAAUAACCAUCCAGAAGAGACUGCUGGAACAACUUGGUGAUGAAGACUUUUCAUUAGAAUUUUUCAAUAAACAAAUCAAAGAUGUUGAAGAAAAGGAGACUGUAAUUAAGAGUGAUUUAAGCCAAAUGUCCAAAAGACAGAAACUGCAACUUCUUGAGAAAGAAAGUCCAGAGUUUUCUGGUUUGAUUGAUGACUUCAAAACAAAGUUAACAGUUGCAAAAGAUGAUUUACAUCCUCUUUUAAAAUUAGUUAAAGAUGGAAAACUUCCUAGAUGCCCAGCCUCUAAGUUUGUCAAAACAAACUAUGACUUAAUUUUAAACUACUGCACAAAUAUAAGUUUCUAUUUUCUGCUUAAAAGUCAACGGAUCAAUAUACAAAAUCAUCCAGUGAUAAAAAGAUUAUAUCAAUACAGGCAGAUGUUAAAUAAAAUGGAGCCUAUUUAUUUGGAAGUUAUAAAACCACAAAUAGAUAAAAUUUUAUCUGCAGUUAGAAAUAACUUACAGUUACAUGUACUAAAGACACAAAAGGGCAAGAAAAAACGCAAGUUGGACAACACUCAAGUUGAAUCAUCAGCAAAGAAAUUGAAACUCAUUAGUGCUUUAGAAAAAGAUGAUGGUGAAGACACUGGGGUGUCGGACAAUGAAGAGGAAUAUGAAGGAAAUGAUUACUUCAACCCAGGAAAUGACACAUCUAAAAAUAAUGAUGAAUCUGAAGAAAGUGGAUUUUCUGAUAAUGCUGAGAACUCUCCAAACGAAAUAGAAGAUAUAAAUAAACCAUCCACAUCUUCUCAACAAGUGGUGCCUGAAGAUAUCGGCGACAAGCGUGAGAUAACCUACCAAAUUGCUAAGAAUAAAGGUUUGACACCUCACCGCAAAAAGGAACAACGUAAUCCCAGAGUCAAACAUAAACUUAAGUUCAGGAAAGCUAAGAUUAGGAGGAAGGGUGCAGUCCGAGAGCCAAGGACUGAAGUAACUCGGUAUGGUGGAGAAGCUUCUGGUAUUAAGGCCAAUGUGAAAAAGAGCAUUAAAAUUAAGUGAUGUCAAAAUGUAUUAUAUUUUAAUACAAUAAUAAUGUACACAUUAUUUCGUAAUAAAAUUAUAAUCUUAAA